AUGUCGGCUCGAGGCGGUAAACGCUACGGCAGUGGCCGUAGGCUCUUGUCACCUGGAAGCUUUGUUAGGAGCAUAGAGAAGAGAUCUGACUCUCGGAGUUCGUGGCUCAAGUCCCAUGGAAGGAUUUACGUCCGCCGUGACAUUCUGGACACAUUUAAAACGCUGAAAGCUCAGUGUGUCUUCUCCACCGACAGUGCUUUCUUGCAGCAUUUGUUGUCGUUUGAGAUGCGAAGGCAACAAAGGUGAGAAAAUAAGACUUCUACAUUUAUAUUGCGUUUUAGUCUAAGCUGCAACGUCGAAUCUAACUACCUAUAAAAUAUUACUUUAUUUUAACAGUUUAAAAGCCAAGCAAGCCAUGAAGAAGAGUACGGAAGAGUCAAGUGCAGUACAACAACCCCAAGCAGGUAACUAGAUGCACGAGAUCGAUCUGGAAUCCCUGUUCAGUAUGGGGUGCCAUUACCGCCAAAAUUCAGCUAUCGUUACUUUCGUAAAUGGUGCCUCCAAUUUUGUUUAUGGUGCCUUCGUUUUCAUAAAUGGUGCCUCUGUUUUCAUAAAUGGUGCCUCUGGUUUUGUAAAUGGUGCCUCCAAUUUUGUUUAUGGUUCCUCCAAUUUUGUUUAUGGUGUCGUUUUCAUAAAUGGUGCCUUCGUUUUUGUAAAUGGUGCUCCCAUUUUUUUUAUUAUUAUUUUUUUUAAUGGUGCCUCCUAUUGUGUUAACAUGGUGCCUAUAUGUUAUAAGUAUAUGGUACCUCUGUUUUUGUUUAUGGUGCCUCUGUUUUUGUUAAACUGGUGCCUAUAUCUUAGUAUAUGGUACCUCUAUUUUUGUUUAUGGUGCCUCUGUUUUCACAUAUGUUGCCUCUAAACUUGUUAAUGGUGCCUCUUAUUUUGUUAAACUGGUGCCUUUAUCUUUGUAUAUGGUGCCUCUGUUGUCUUAAAAAAUGCUGCCGCUGUUUUCGUAAAUGGUGCUUCAAAUAUUCAGCAGUCUGGGAACGACUCUCUGGUGACUUAACCGAGGAAAACUGGGGCUCAGUGUCAAAAUGGCGGACGCCUUAGCCUCUCUUCGCGGUCUUGUUACAGGAGAAAUUGCAAACAUUUGCAACAGUUUAUAGAACUAUAGAAUACCAGUCUAUAUAGAAUGUCAAAAAAAAACACCAAGGCAAGCACCGUUUUUGCAUGUUUCCUUGAGGCUGUGUCAGAGUUUGGUCUACCAUCUAGGGUACGCUCUGAAAAUGUUGUAGUUUCCAUGUUCAUGCCUCAGUGAACCACAGUGGAUGCGGUUGUCCUACAGUUGUUCUACAGCAGCAAGAGGUGACACUAAUAAAUGACUGGUUUUACAGGGUUUCCAAUUAUGUUCUUUAACACUCACGAACUCGCAAAAGGUGAGUGGUUUUUGGAAUUUAUAAGUCACAAAAUCAUCUUCUAGCUCUAGGAUAUUUGCAAGUGAGCAUAAAUUUCCUCCAGGAGAAAGUUGCUGUUGAAGAAUUUUUUGGCAAAAAAUGCAUGCAUAGAUUUAUUCUUUCAAGAAAGAAAGUGGCUGUGCGUAGAACCUAAUAAGUGCAUUUUACGUACAUGUUUACACUGUACUUGGUGAAGAAGGGGGGGGGGGGGUCGGAUCAGUGACGUCACACUUAUUAACCUCCUAUAUUAUAUGAAAAAAAAUACCACCAAAACCCAUCCAUGUUCCUACUAUGUGGGUACUGUUACUUUCUAAUAUUGUUGUAAAGAAACAGAAAAUAAAAUCAGUGAACUGUAACAGCAGGAUUCAUCACAAUUUAAUCAACAGUUUGAUUCCAGGUCAUUAGAAACAAACUGAAACUAAAUGGCAGUGCCUUUAAUUGACUAUAAUUUUGUCAUAAUGUGAAAGACUAUAAAGCAGUCAAUAUCUUCUUAAAAAUGCACAAACCCGUGUUAUAAAGAACUUUUCUUCGUUUAAACAUCAUAAAUAAUCUGGAACAGUUUACCUUCUAGUAACAUAAACAAAACUGUAUGUUUUUUAAUCACUUACACAAAACUGUAAUAAUUUUCAGGUUGUACCAUUCCCUGCAACAUGAAACUUAAACACCUUCAAAGAGCCCAAUCAUUUGGCAAUGGGGUUGCAGAAUAUUUUGAAGAGGAAGCCAUGCCAGCACUUAUUGCAUCCUUUAAUUACCAGAAUUCUAUUUCCAAGGGCUUUUGUUCUGGAAGGACACGUAACAGUGAAAAUGAGAGUAGCAAAAACAGUGUUUUGUUCGAAUAAAUCCAUCGUUGAUUUUUUUCGUUUUUUUUUGUGUGUGCUACUAGAAGUUUUGCCUAUAAAGACUAUGAGUGUGCAACAAUUUUUUGUUGCAUGCUUUUAGGAAAUUCUUCACCACAGGAAUACCACAUCCAGCAUGAAAGCAGGGCACCUUUUUUCUCUCUUUUCCACAGUACAGUUGAAGGAAGAAACUGCAAGCAAUAAUUUUUUUUUUCUGUUUUUCGUACCGCAUCAGGAUAGGUGGAAGUUGAAGUUAUCUUUCACAUUCUCAAGAUUGUUAUGUAAUAAUGGAACAACCAGCUGCCCAUGUACCUCUCCCCUUUUUUCCCAUAAGUCAAAUGUUUGGACCCCUGUUGGGACUUAAUACAUCAUAUUCCUCUCAGUGUGUAUUAAAACAUGCAAACAUUAAAUUUAAACUAAUGAUCCAAUGUAAAUGGAUGUUAAAUACUAGUGAAUGCCUUCCCACUAUUAUCACAAACUGCUUGAAGUGCAGCCAGGAAGGUGUCCUUGUCAGGGAAACUUCUUGGCAAGGUUACAUUCUUUGUGCAAGUAGAGGAAAAAAUGGAACCAGCAUCCUCAAAUUCGAUCCUGAUCCUUCCUAAACCAAACUCUGGUAAGCAGGGUGCCCCAGUAGCAAAGGUGAGGAAUGCCUUUAGAAUAUCUGGUGUUGCACCAACUAUGAACUCAGUCAUGUGCUCCAUGAUGGUUUUUUCAGCAUCACUCAUCUCUGAUGGAAACAUCAAUAUUUCCUUGACGUCAGAACCCUUCAUUUCCUUUUCUCCUGCCACAAAUAGCUCUUUGAAAAGCUCAGGAUAUACUUGCAUUCUGGACCCGAAUCCCAGAGUCUGAAGCCCUUCCCUUAGUUGAUCUAAAAGUAUUUUGGGCUUUCCAAUGGCAUCAUGUACAAUAAGGCUUUGGAUGACUCGCAUUUUGUUAUCAUUCUGAAAGACAUUCACAGAACAACAAUAAUACAGUAAGAAACUGGUCAAUGACCUGUUAGUUGUAGUUGUAGGUAACAAUAUCCUUGAGAAGGAGAUUGCAACAUUUGCAUGUACAUGCAGGUAAAUCCGUUCUCUUCGUGAAAACAUAUGCACCUGUCACAAGCUGGUCAAAUGAUGGUCCACAAUUAAAGGUGUCAUAAGGGGCAUCAAUUUCAAAAAAGACUGCUCUUUUAUUUAUAACAAUGAUUCAGAGUUUAGGUAUUAGUUGUCGUUUUAUCCAAUUUAUGUAAUUUGUAAGAAUCUGGCCCCAGUUGUUCAAACGUUGGAUAGUGGUAUCCACCGGAUAAAUCGCUAUCCAGCGGAUAAGUGUUACGGAAAUCAAUUACGCUAUCCGCUGGAUAGUGAUUUAUCUGGUGGAUAGCACUAUCUGACGUUUGAACAACCGGGGCCUGUAUUUUAGAUAUUUUAAAAUUUAUUUUGUUGUAUAGAAUACUUAUUUUUAAUCUGUUUCUCACUGUUUAUUUCUUCACUGGAUGGUGAUUUAACCAGUGGAUAGGAUUAAUCACCUUUUGAGCAACUGGGGCCUGAUCUAAAAAAAAUAUUUAUUUUGCUUCUCUUCUUUUAAACUGUUUGGUGGUUUUUUUUAUUAUUUGUGAAUUUCACUUCACUGUUGAGCAAGCUUGAAAGUGCUUUUGAAUGGCUUCUCUCCUGAUCCGACAUUGAGUGUGUAAGUUUUAAAAUACUUUUCUAUCAAUAUCGAGUUUUCACUAUUGUUAAUAAUAUGCUGUUAAAAAUAAUGCGGAUCAGUUAAGGUUUCUGGGAAACUGCCCACCUACCCCUCCCCUAACCCAACAUUAACACUAACUUCUCACUUUAGGCAAAAUGUUAGGUUAGGGGAGGGGAAGGUGGCCAGAAUCCCAGAAACCUUGACUGACCCAAUAAUGCCAUCACAACAUUUACAAACUUACAGUUAAUGUCAUGGAAAGUCCACUCUCUGAAAGAACACUGGUCGUCUCCUCUUUGUCAAGUUCAGAUACAUCAGCAACUUCUGCAACCUUAAAAAAAAAACAGAAACAAAAAAUUAACAAAAAAAAAUGUAUGUUUUUGCCAAAAAGUUUCGCAUAUCCUUGUGAUACUACCUUUAUUCAGUAUUAGUUUAAGGGAACAUAUAAAAUGUGAGGGCCCUAGACUGAACAGCUUUCAGACGUUUUGUCACAUCUUGUAAAACUGGAAGAAAAUAAAUGCAGGUGCAUAUCUUCUUAACAUUACUCAACUAGCCUAACUAUGCACCUGACAGGGGAGGGCAGAAACAGAACUCCAUAGUUCCUAUUUUGAUAAGCAAAAUAUUUUUCCCUUCCAUGUCAUUAUUAUAUAACUGCACUAGAAUAGGGCACUUUCCCACACAAUGAAAAACUCUUCCCAUAUACUUAACAGCUUGCCAGGCCAACUCAAGCACUGUCUCCUGCUUAGCAUUAGAGGUGUUUGCUCAGAGUAAGAGUUCAUUAGCAUAGUCUCCACAUACUUUGUUCAAAUAUUUUAACAAAGUUAAAUGUAGGUUUUGUUUUCCAUUACCUUGGUUAUGAAAUGUUCCAUGUGAGAUGAGCAGUCUUUUAUGGUGAUUGCUUCCAUGACUUCAUUUAAUUUACCUUUGGCCAGGUAAUUGUAGACUCCCAGGCUGAAUAUGGGAAACCCGGGUCCUCCCUGUAGCACACUGUGUACGAUGAUGGUUCCCACCAGCUUCAUUACGCCUGAUGCAACCAUAUCACAGUUAUAAACUGGACUUCGGUAUGUAUCACCCUGAAAAAAGGUGUCUGCAAUCACCUUCAGUAGUUGUGUGUAAAAUUGACGGAUGACCCCCCCUGUGUCUGCCGCUGGCUGUCCACUAUACACUAUUCGUAGCUUCUUUCUUGGGUCAAAAUCUUGAUCUUUAUAGUACGCCAUCGCGUCAUUUAGAAGAUCUUCUUCGUCUAUCUUCAACUUUUCUCUUUGAUCUGAAGAAAAAUUUUUCUGUAGGUCUCUCAAUUCAGCAUUCAGAUCCUGAGUGUCACAACAGGUUCCUAGUGGUUCAAACGGUGAAUUCAUCAAGUCAUUCGCAUCAUCAUCAUCAGUUACUGUGUUGUCAGUUGUAGGUAAGAGUGACAUAACAGCCUGAUCAAAUGAUCCCUCCACUUGAAGGCAGGCUUUCAGAAAAUCUCGACUCUUAUCAGGAAACAUUUCUGAGAGGUGGUUGAUUUCUGUCGGAUCAGGUGAGGCAUCACCAACACUGCUAAGAAUUCCAAAUGCCUGAAGUGAGUACAUUAAUACUAAUUACUGGAAUUACAGAAUGAUUACAAGGUCACUGAGGUAUUAAAAACUAAAGAAGACUGCUGCCUUACUGGCCAUAGUUACUGCACACAAAAAAAUGUCAUUUCUUUGGGUUAACGUAAAGGUACAAGGUGAUCUGCUCUUCAACCAGGUUAAAUGGUAUCUUGUUUAUUUACUGUUCUAUCAUGAAUCAGUUGUCAUUUAAGGAUAUUCAUAAUUUUACACACAAUACUUAUAACGUAGCACAUUUCUAAAUAUAAGUAACUAGGAAAGGCAAUGACAGGCAUAAAUAAUUAUUGAGAAUCAGUGGCAACAACAGUUACCAGCCCAUUGGCCAUGCAUACAUGACUGACCUGAAAUAUUCCUUAAAACAACAACAGCAAUUCAAUAUGGAGAAGAAAUGAGAAAAAUUUAAUAUUACCAGCCACUGGAACUGCCUCCCCCACCGCAUGACUCAUGAUGUUUUCUCAUUAAAUCCAUUGGGACUUGCAGGUGACAAUUAACACAAGAAACCUUUGGGCUUACAGAAAUCUGUAGAAGAACUGCAAUUAAUAUUAUUAUUUCUAUUUUUAUUACAUACCGUAAAUGCUCAAAUUAGCGCCCCCCUUCGAAUUAGCGUCCCCUUUUUGGAUAGAAUUAUUAAAUAAGGCCCCCCCUUCAAAUAAGCACCCCCCCUAACACACCUCCUUGUCCUCCUUACCAAAUAUAUGGUAUACAGUAUAAUGACAUGUACAGUCACUAGAGAAUGACCCAUCUGAGGACAUCACACGGUCAGAUGUUAAAGACAAGGCUCCUCUGACAAUAGUUCUUGAGAAUAGUGACAGAACUAGGUACAACUGAACGUUCAAAGCCAAGAAUACAUGUAUGCACCACACGCUCACAAAUCGGGUAUAUGCUGAAAGAUACACUCUAGUUUUCGUGAUUGAUGGCUGCAGUUUUGUUGAUUUCAAACAAAGAAAAAUGUGAUCUUGAGGCCUAGACUCUGAAGAAUUUAAUAAGCCCCCCUCUUGAGUCCAAAAAUUAAAUAAGUGCCCCGAGUGCUAAUUCAAGCUUUUACGGUAUUUUCAAUGGAGUGGGCAGGAAUAUUUCCUGGAACCACACAUUUUAAGUCACAAUAAUGCUAAGCCUAAGACCCACUCUUGGAAAUUAUUUGACGACAGUGAUUAUUAUUAUCUAUUGAUAAAGCUUAUUAAUUUUGACUCUUGCAAUAAUAUUAGAAUGUGGCCUUACCACAUUUUUAUAAUAAUAUAUUAGUUAUUAACUGUAAAAUAAAUAUAUCCUAGGCCCACCUGGGUUUGACAUUCUUCACUUGUCCCAUCAAACUAGAGAACUAAGUCCUUUUGUAAAGGUCUUAAAUAGCCUUUGGCUGAACCAAAAGUUAAUUUUAGAUAUCACACUGUGUACCCACCAGGUGGAAUUGAUAAAACAACAGGCUGUCCGCGGUUACCUAAGACUAUCUCCUGUCCUCAUAAUUUCAUAUCCUCCUGCAUCUUGUACUUGAGGAAAGGAUGCUACACUGUACCCUUGCCAUGGCGGGGAUAUUAUACUAAUUUAUUAUUCUGCAAAUUCCUAACAUUUACCACAUUAGCCAGGGUUUAAUAAAUUCACCGAAUCAGAUAUGCUUGAAUGUGAUCAUGAAGUCCCUGCUGCUCCCGUAAGGAAGAAGAUUGCUACAAUGGCAUCACAUUCAAAGCACAAAAUUGUCAAGUUGGCAAAUGUGGUUGAUUAUUUGCUUUGAAAGCAUACUUAGAUGCUGAUCAAAUGCCAUGACUGUGUAUGUUUUCAAUAUUACGGCUAUUCCAUUUUAAAUCCCCCACCCCUUGAUACAGACAAGAUUUUCUGAAGGGGGUUGUUUUCCCAAAAAAAUACCAAGAAUAAAUUUCUGAAGGGAUAAAGGCGAAGUUAUAGCAUCAUCAAUGUAGGGAUGGUGGAUAUAUUUUGCUGCUGAUGAAGAGUGUUGUAAAGAACUAAAUUUCUGAAGACCUAGAAUCCAAAAGUCUCUUUUCUGAAAGGAGGUUGUAAAUAACAACACCACAUUUUCUGAGGAGUACAGAACGAAAAAAAAAAAUUUUAUGUGAGGGCUUGUAAGAAAAAAUGGUGAUUUGUGAUGUGGGUAGCCCUAGGAAUAAUUUUCUAGAGAAUUCAGGGACAAAACACCUCAUAAAUAUAUAAUUUGGGAGGUGGAUAUUAAAUGCAAUGGGCUUUACUUAAAGUAAUUUUUUUUAUAGUUUGGUAAAUUAUUGCUGGCAAGAAACAUAAUUUGAUAUUUGGCGACCUGUUAUACCACAUGGUUGCAAAAUAAGGAUUUGGAGUACUGAAAGAUAUUGUCAUGACAAAUGGAAAGAAUUUUCAUUAUGGUGGCACAUUCAUUUAUUCUUUUAUAUUUAUGAUAUUAUUAAUAAUUAUUAGCCUUUUUGACCGCGAUAGCAUGAGCAAAAUUUAAAAGAGCUUUACGUUGAAAAGAAAGGACAAUUAUCAUAAAUAAAAAAAAAUAAAUAAAUGUGCCGCCAUUAUGAAAAAGGUGUACAGGCUUACCUGCGCGCUGUUGACUUGUCCGGAGCAAGUGGCGUAAUGCUCUCUAAGAGCGUAAACAUCCAGGAUCGCCUCGCACCGCUUACACUUUUCCUUCUGGAUUUCCAUGUUUUUCUUGGGAGUGUCGCUUUCCAUGGCUAAAUCUACUUGGAUGGGCCUCACAAAAAUUUUCCCUUGCCCUAUAAAUGUCGCAAGGUACUUCAUUGUGACACCGUUAGGUCCUGGCGGGAUGACAUGCAACUCUCUUUUUCGCGGCUCCGCGUACAUGAGAUCAAAGCCUCCAGCUGCUUGUAGCUGUGGGAAAUUUUCCAAUACCCGAUCUCGUAUUUCCAAUUCACUGGCUUCUUCGGCAAUAGAGAUUUUUGUUUCCCCAAGGCCUACCAUCAGCAGUUCUCGUUGCUCUUCUGCAUCAGGGGUCUCCAACUGCUCUUUGUCCGAGAGACAAACAAAUUUACGGAUAAUUUCUUUUCUCUUAGUCUUAGUGGUCGUCUCCGAUGCCUUGCGUUUCACGGAUCUUCGAGGUUUGUUGAAGCUCGCACUACGACUGCCGGUCGGCUGGAAAUGGUGAGGAAAUAAAGUGCUCAACUCUCUUUGAAAUCUACCAGGACCAUUAUCGGUCGCGGCUGUAGCGACUGCAGGCUGUGAUGUGCUUGGCGAGCUCUCAAUAUUGGUUGUUAACCUUUCUGCCGCUCGAGAGAGCAUCCUUGCCGCCUGAGCAAGAUCCUCCGCCAUCUUCAUACAGUAGAGCACGUGGUGGAUCAGACGUUGUGCGAAAAAGUUUCAGGUGAUUUCCCGCGCAAAAGUGUUCAAGUUAUUUUUAGCCCACCAAAAAAUUGGAAUCAGAGAAUCGGAUCAUUGGGAAUGUCUAAAAAAGGGAAUCCAUAGUAGAGAGACUCUAGUACUGUUUCACGCAACUUUAUAGAGCUUUUUAUGGAGACUCGAUGCUUUGUUGUACCUCUGACACAAAUAUAGCAGCUGAAAAUCCUCGCGAUGAGAAUUUUUCGAAUAAUGACCAAAUGUGAAAUAGCCAACUUCCGACAAUCGUAGAGAAGCCUAGAAAAACUUCGAAAAUAUGAGGUGAAUGGGAUAGCCAUCUACAAAUUUUUAGCCUUUCUCGAGCAAUAGAAAUUUCUAGGCAAUACGCGCUUCUUCGCCCCUGUUGGGAAAAAAACAACAGCGGAACUUAUAUUUUUCAUCAUCGUUGACAAUGACAGCUUGUUUACUACUUGCAGCGGCCAAUUUUCAUGGCAAACCUUAAUAUAUGCUUCAACAGUCAAAACUUCAAAAGAUGCGAAAAUUGAACUUUUUCUUGGAAUGUACAGCAAAGUUUUUAGUAAAAUAUUCUGUUGCUGAGAUCUUUUACUAGUACAUAAAUUGUUGACAUGAACUGCAAUUAGAGUCAUUGCUAACAUCAGGGAAGAUCGACGAGACAAGUGCCUCAUCUAAACCAAAAAAUGUAGUUGGCCAUUGUGAUGAAAACAUUACAUUUUUGUUUGUGAUGACUCUGACUCUAUGAGCUUAACAUUAGAAAACCAGCACUUCAGAAGUAUAUCUGAAUGGACCAUUGACAUUAGGUUAUUACCGUAAAUUCUCAAAUUACCGCCCCCCUUCAAAUUAGCGACCUCCUUUUGGCUAGAAAUAUUAAAUAAGUGGCCCCAACGAAUAAGCGCCCCCCUCCCCCUUCCCAACACACCUCACUGAGAAUGACCCAUUUGAGGACAUCACACAGUCAGAUGUUAAAGAUGACAAGUGGUUCCUCUGACAAUAGACCUUUCUCAUGCAGCAGCCAUGUUGAGUCCCCGAAGAAUAAAAAGCUUUAUUUUGCCCGUCUAAACUUGCUCUCAAGUUUUUCAAUGCGAGGCUGGACAGGCAGAAUGUUUUUUUUUUUUUUAUGCAAAAUGGUCGCUACAUGUUAAAGGUCUCUAGGAUAGCGACAGAACUUAGUUAUAACAGAAUGGUUAUUAAAAGCCAAGAAUAUGCACCACACACUCACCAAUUUUGGUACAUGCUUAAAGAUACGUUCUAUUUUUCCUGUUUAAUGUUGCAGUUUUCGUUCAUUUGAAACAAAGGAAAAUGUCAUCUUGAGGCUUAAAUUCUGAAAAAAGGAAAUAAGCACCCCCCUUCAAACAAGCGCCCCCCUCUGAAUUAGCACGUCCCUCUUGACUCAAAAAAAUGAAAUAAACACCCUGGGCGCUAAUUCAAGCAUUCACGGUAAUUGUAAACAAAAGGUCAGUUCUACUUCAAUAACUCACUUUGGAAAAGAGUGCUGGAAUCUAGAAAAGGUACAUGAGCAGUUAUGGGAUUGUUUGGAGUCGCUUGUCCUGACAAAAAGGCAUUUUGUUUUUAAAGAAAUGUGGUAUUGAUUGGGGUUAGGAUAUUUAUGUGUGAUAUAUUUGUAUUUCUGAUCCACGAAAAAUUGUGAGUUCCCUGAUCUUGGCUCUCAUGUCCCCCAAACAAUCCCCUAAGUGCUUCAGGGGGCACUUUCGACCCAGGUCAACACUGUACUCCAAAGUGUGCUAUUUAGCUUAGAAUUUAUAUAGUUUUGUCUUUUCUUCUUCUGAGGAAAAAUAAUGAAAAACAUACAACAUUAGUGAAUAUUGAGUCAUCUCUCCUGCCAGUCUAGUUAAGGUGCUGGAUACAAUCAGCAACAAAGUUCUUCACCAGAAGGUAGCACCUGACACUUUCCCAUGGGGUAGCUGAUGCUACAUUAAAACGACUAUCCUCUACCACUCGAACUAGUUCAUUCAACUGAGUUUGAUCCAGAGGGCGGUCUGUGGUAUCCACUUGGACGUCAGUGUCACACUCACUGCCAAUACUGACUGGACCCUCCCAAUCAAUGCCAUAAUCAUCAGCAACUAUGGGCUCAAAGAUGGAAUUUUCAAAUUGACCUUGCACCCACAACUGCAGGGGGGUCAGGUUGUGUUCUGUGCUCAGAGGGUGUCUUAUCCAGGCAGCAACCCAUUCCUGCAGCUUGUGAUUGAUAAGAUCAACAAAACAAAACUGCAGGCACCAUAAAUCAACUUCAGAUAUGGGGUCAAGAAUUCCCAUGUGUUCCAUUGACAUAAAGAGCCUAUGGAAGAGUUCAAGAACAUCGGUGAAAACAUCUCUCCAUAAGCGCUCUAUUCGCUGGUUAUGGACGCUUCUUCCAACGAAAGUGCUGAACCUCUACCAGUUCCUCUUCUUUCAAGCAUGUAUUGCACCACAUCAACAUUCUCACCUCCUCUAUCGCAACGAACACGGGAAGGCAGUCCCCACUGACCUACAGCAUCCAUAAAGCAAGCCAAAACAGUCGAGGCUUUGUUAUUUGUACUACACGAUAGAAACACAGGGAUUCUGGUGAAACCAUCAACACACCCAUGCACCGCAAAAACGCCACCUGAUCAGCUUAUGGUUGCCGUCGAAAUGCCAAAGAGCAAGAGGACGAGACACAGAAUAAAACACGUCGAUGAACAGCUCUGCAUCUGCGAACAGAUACUCCUAUGGGGUCAACUCUUUGCAGGGACUGCCUCAGUCUUUCUCUGGGUACUGUAAUGUUACGAGAAGCGAGGAAACCAAGCAGAUUCUUGGACCCACAGUUAGGAUGAAAAACCUUGAUGUCUCUAACCUGGCCAUCCAACUCCUCAUCCGUGAUAGUCGAAAAUGACCUUGAUGAGAUGCCGUAUUCAGCAAGACGCCGCUCAAUGGUUCUCGUGGAUACCUUAAGUAGCCUGGCAAUCUGUGGAACUGUAAAUCGCAGGUCGAUGAGUGACUGUAGCUGAUCCGCGCUUAUUUCAUAAGAAGGACGUCCUGGCCUGCUGCUAUUGAUUUGGCGAGUACGCACUGAGGCGGGGCUCAAGUUUUCUAUUAUACGUCUUGCAACUGAUAUGUCAAGGUACACUUCCUCGGGCAAACGUACAACCGAAUCCAAGAAGUUGAUGGCAACAACCACCUGAUCAAUUUUCUCUAAUGUACCUAGGGGAUCGAAAUCCUCCGAGGGCUCAAGGGAUAAACUGUUGCAAAUGUUUGCAAUUUCUCCUGUAACAAGACCGCGAAGAGAGGCUAAGGCGUCCGCCAUUUUGACACUGAGCCCCAGUUUUCCUCGGUUAAGUCACCAGAGAGUCGUUCCCAGACUGCUGAAUAUUUGAAGCACCAUUUACGAAAACAGCGGCAGCAUUUUUUAAGACAACAGAGGCACCAUAUACAAAGAUAAAGGCACCAGUUUAACAAAAUAAGAGGCACCAUUAACAAGUUUAGAGGCAACAUAUGUGAAAACAGAGGCACCAUAAACAAAAAUAGAGGUACCAUAUACUAAGAUAUAGGCACCAGUUUAACAAAAACAGAGGCACCAUAAACAAAAACAGAGGUACCAUAUACUUAUAACAUAUAGGCACCAUGUUAACACAAUAGGAGGCACCAUUAAAAAAAUAAUAAUAAUAAAAAUUGUAAGCACCAUUUACAAAAACGAAGGCACCAUUUACAAAAAACGAAGGCACCAUUUACAAAAACGAAGGCACCGUUUAUGAAAACGAAGGUACCAUAAACAAAAUUGGAGGCACCAUUUACAAAACCAGAGGCACCAUUUAUGAAAACAGAGGCACCAUUUAUGAAAACGAAGGCACCAUAAACAAAAUUGGAGGCACCAUUUACGAAAGUAACGAUAGCUGAAUUUUGGCAGUAAUGGCACCCCAUAGUUCAGGGACUUCUUUUUUAUGUGAGCAGUGCAUUUGGCCGGAACAUUUAUGGACUCAAUCCAUCGGGAUUAAUUCUGUCUUCAUUGAAAUAAAAGUUGUAAUAUGUUGCAUAUUGUUUUGCAGAUGAUUCUAAUUUGCACACCUCGACCCCUGUGAAAAGAAGCAAGUAUGACGGUUCUGUCAUUGCUCCACCGGUGGAAAGUCCAGUUGCUGGAAUGGCUGGUGACAAUAGGUAG